AUGAUAGAUGGUGGCCUUAAUGCAUACUUCACCAAUUAUCUUGCCACCAUUCAGGAGCUACCACGUCUCCUUCAAAGAUUCUUUACUUCCUCAUUUGGUUCUGACGUAGGGCAAAAAGAUCUUAUUAACUCCAUCGAAUCGGCUCUUACUGAUCUCUCGGAAAACAAGAACACCACCAAUCUUGAGGCCUUGUCAUCUAUGAUAAUAACAAUGAAUAAUUCCAAAUCCACACUGCAUGCGAACGACGAGCAACAGCUCAAAAAUUUGAUAAAGGCUUUUACACCCGGGGAUAAUGGGCCGCAUCAAGCCCUAAUUCCAUUAGAAAGUACGUCGCCUCCGCCGCCACCACAACCACCCAUCAAGUCAGCUCGUCGGGUCAUCCAUCAGCACCAUCGUCCCUCGCCCUCACAAAUUCUUCUACGAGGCACAAAAUGGAUAAGUGCUCGGCGAAACGCUGCCUCUUCGGCUAGAGGAGGUCCAUUUAGAGGGGUCAGGAAUCGAGUAAUGUCUUCUGUCCAUCCCUCGCGUUCUCGAAUAACUGACUUACAUAGAAGGGAUCAAGUCCCGUUAGAACAAGUGAUGGCCAACCGGCCAAUAAAGGCACCUCUCUCUCCCUCCUCGAUUUCUUCUUCAAGUGACUCGGAAGAGUACAACCGACCACGUCCAAGGUUGAGGUGCACCUCUUCUCCUCUGCGCAGCCGUAAGAGAGAGGUAGUGGGAACCAGUUCCACCGCUGUGGACGUGUCUGGAGAGCGCCUCUAUUGCCUGUGCAAGAAACUAUCGUACGGGGAUAUGAUUGCUUGUGAUAAUCCUCGUUGCGAAAUCGAGUGGUUUCAUUUUGCUUGCGUCGAGAUAAAAACUCAACCCAAAGGUCGCUGGUAUUGUCCUCGGUGUAGGGGCGAAAGUUCAAAAGUCAAACGAGUCGACGCCUAG